AGUAACAAUUGUUCGUCGAAAGUGCUAAAAUUAUACAAUAAUAAACAUUAAAAUAAUAAAAAAGUUUAUUGUAAUUGGUAAAGAAACUCCGCAUCUUUAUUAUUUGACAAAUUUGUAUAUUGAUGCAAGAUUAUAUAUAUUUCUUUAAAUUCAAUCUGUGUUCAGUAACAAGUAUUUCCUCAGUAGACGGAUUGUUUUAACACAAAUAAUAUUUAUAUCCAGUUAUUUGCAAUCAAUUGUAUAUUAUUUAUUCAAUCAAAAUUUAUAUAUAUAUAUAUAUAUAUAUAUAAAUAUAUUUAAUAAAUUUAUAUAUAUAUAUUAUUUAAUUAUAUACACAACUGUUUAUAUAAUUAAUAAUAGUGUAAUGGAUGCAGCAGACUUGCAUGAUUCUUCAAAUAGAGUAGCAGCUUUAGUAGAAAGAAAUAUUUUACCACAAGGUAUAUCAUUAAUCGAUCCAGCUGCUGUAGCAAAAUCAAGCCGGCAGGAUUUAAUAGCAUUGGUAACAGAAAUUGAAAAGGCAGAUAGAUGUAUAAAAGCUAAUGCAUGUAAUAAAUUACAAGUGAUCGCAGAACAGAUAAGAUUUUUACAAAAGCAAGCUGAGAGUAUCUUGUUGGAAGCAGAACGAAAUGCAAAGUUACAUCAUGUAGCUUGUAAUUUUAUAAAGCAGCCUGGUCAUAUAUAUCAUUUAUAUCAACGAGAUUCUGGACAAUUUUAUUUCUCCAUGCUUAGUCCAGAGGAAUGGGGUAAUUCUGCACCAUCACAGAGUUACAAAGGUUCUUUUAGAUUAGAACAUGAUCGCUCAUGGACUCCAGUAUCUGAAUUGCAAGCAAAAGACAAUGAAUUAAAUUUGUUUAAAAACUUAUCACCUUCUAAUAAGAUUACAAAUACUCUUUUGCAAACAGUUAUGUUAAAUACUAGUACCUAACAAAUUUAUUGUUAUAAUUAUCUAAAUGUAAUUAAUAUUAACAAAUUUUUAAAAAAAUUUAAAUAUUGAAGCCAAUAUGAAGCAUUAAUGUUCAUACAAUGCAAUAUUUAAAGCACAUGUAACAAAUAUAAAAUAAAACAUCCAUUGCUGAAAACAAAUUUCAUUAAGAUUAUCAAAUAUUUUGAAUACCAUCGCAUAAACACCAGUGCUUGAUAGCUCCUUGAACUGAUUUAGAUAUUCUUACUUAGAUAAUUAUUGUAAUAUUUAAGCAAGAAUUAAAUUAAAAUUGAAGAUAUAAGAGAAUUUGUAACACUACUCAAUCAGUUUUUAAUCUCUUCAUUUGCUAUAUUCCUAAAAAUAUAAGGAUAUAUACAGUGAACAAUAUGGAGAAUAGAUUCUAUUUUUGGUAUAAUUAUAAUAAAUUAUAUACAUGAUUUUGAAGUUCUGUGAUACACUUGUUGAAACAAUAUUUUGUACAAGAGUACAUUGUAUUAUGAUAAUAUUUUAAUCCUAUUGAGAAAUCGAUUGUGCAAUUAAUUAAUAAUAUUUUUGCAAUUAUAUGCAAUAUGUGUAUCAGAUCAGAAAUAUGCAGCUAUAAUCUAAUUAUUAUCUUUAUUCAUAAUGAUCUUUGUAUGACUGCAAAAAGAUCAAUAUGAUUCUUAGAAUCAUAAUAUAUUAUCUAUUUUAUAUAAUUAUAUAUUUCUAAAGGCAGUAGGUAGAUUUGUAUUUAACUUUGCUUUACUUUUACCAUACGGUAUCCGGAAUACAAUUUUCAUGAGCAAAAUGAAUUAUUAUAGCGCAUUCACAUACUAUCAAAAUUUUUAGUUUAUAUAUAUAUAUAUAUAUAUAUAUAUAUAUAUAUAUAUAUAUAAUAUAAAUAAUAUA